CAAUCCCCGCCAUGACAGACCGGCACGUGACGUAGGGUAAGUUCCUGCUGUGGCUUAAGGGAAACAUAUCGACAUUCAGCCACGGGAGAAUCGCACUUUGCGGCCUGUGGAAGCUCCCUCCCUGAGCGAUGGCCUCACCAGUCUCAGUCUACAACUCCAACGCCCUGGACACACACAUCUCCAGUACCUCCAGAGAGUCCCUGAAGAUGGAGUUGUUGGCGGAUGUGUCUCUGCUGCCAGGGGAGGAAAGAAUUAUCGAUAAAGAAACCAUGUACAUCUGCCCCUUCAAUGGAGCUGUUAAAGGCAAAGUGUUGAUCACCAACUACAGACUAUACUUCAAGAGCUCAGAUGCUGAUGUGGAUGUGAUGCUGGAUGUUCCUCUGGGUGCCAUCAGCCGGGUGGAGAAGAUGGGCGGGGCGUCGAGCAGAGGAGAAAACUCCUACGGCUUGGAUAUCACCUGCAAGGACAUGAGGAACCUGAGGUUUGCCUUGAAGCAGGAAGGUCACAGCAGACGGGACAUCUUUGAGCUCCUCUUCAAAUUCGCCUUCCCCCUCUCACACGGUCUGCCACUGUUUGCAUACGUGACUCAGGAGAAGUACGCGGAGAACGGCUGGGCCAUCUACAAACCCGUAGAGGAGUUCAGACGCCAGGGCUUACCAAAUAACAAGUGGCGUAUCACAUUCAUCAAUAAGAACUACGAGCUGUGUGACACCUACCCCACUGUGUUGGCCGUACCCUUUAAAAGUAAAGAGGAGGACCUGAGACGAGUGGCUGCCUUUAGGUCCAGAGGACGCAUACCGGUUCUCUCAUGGAUCCACCGGGAGAACCAGGCCGUGAUCUGUCGCUGCAGCCAGCCUCUGGUUGGGAUGUCUGGCAAAAGAAACAAGGACGACGAGCGCUACCUGGACAUGAUCCGGGAGGCAAACGACACCACAAAGCUCACCAUCUACGACGCUCGGCCCAGCGUCAACGCUGUCGCCAACAAGGCCACAGGAGGAGGCUACGAGGGUGACGAGUACCAAAACGCAGAGCUUGUCUUCCUGGACAUCCAGAAUAUCCACGUCAUGAGGGAAUCCCUGAAGAAACUCAAAGACAUUGUCUACCCCAAUGUGGAGGAAUCCCAUUGGCUGUCCAGUCUAGAGUCUACACAUUGGCUAGAACAUGUUAAGCUGGUGUUGUCGGGAGCCAUCCAAGUAGCAGACAAGGUUUCCAGUGGGAACUCGGUGGUGAUUCACUGCAGCGACGGCUGGGACCGGACUGCUCAGCUCAGCUCUCUGGCCAUGCUGAUGCUGGACAGUCACUACCGCACGCUCCGAGGAUUCCAGGUGCUGAUUGAGAAGGAAUGGAUCAGCUUUGGGCACAAGUUUGCCUCAAGGAUAGGCCACGGUGACAAGAACCACGCAGAUCAAGACAGAUCGCCCAUCUUUGUUCAGUUCAUCGACUGCGUAUGGCAGAUGACCAAACAGUUUCCUACAGCGUUUGAGUUUAACGAGCGCCUCCUGCUGACCAUCCUGGAUCACCUCUACAGCUGCUGCUUCGGGACGUUCCUCUACAAUUGCGAGAGUAUGCGAGACCAGCAAGAGGUGAGGUUGAAAACAGUGUCUCUGUGGUCCCUGGUCAACAGUAAGAUGGAUAUGUAUUUAAACCCCUUCUACACCCCCGAGUCGGGCAGGGUCCUCUACCCCGUCGCCAGCAUGCGCCACCUAGAGUUGUGGGUAACAUACUACAUCCGCUGGAACCCUCGCAUACGGCAGCAGCAGCAGAGUCCAGUGGAGCAGCGCUACAAGGAGCUGUUGGCCCUCCGAGACGAGUACCUGAAGAAGCUGGAGGCGCUGGAGCUAUCUGGCUCUUCUCCUUCCUCCCGUCUGGCUAACACCCCCAACAACCCCGCCUCCUCCACACCCCCACAGCAAUACACACAGCUGCAAACUCCCCUUUGAGGGCUCAUGACAUCACACGCACGCUCUCAAAUACACCUGUUGACUUGCACUUAUGUCCUCUUCACUCUGAUUUCUGUCCGUCUCUAACACACGCAGGGAAUUAAUGAGUAUUUUGCAGUUCUAACUGUUGAUAAAAAAAGAAUGCUAAUCCGAUUUAGAUUUGAUAGGGUUGUUCUAACACCAUAGUGGUGACGAUGGUGAUUUAUGCAAUAUGUCACAGUACAGCCUUCUACACAAACACACACACACACACACACACACACACACACACACACACACACACACACACACACACACACACUCUCGCCAUACAGGGAAGCCUUAAAGACAUUCAGUGGCUUUCAGUCCAAGGGCUUGAACACACAGGACACCCAGUGGAUGUGUAACGGCUUUCACACAAGCUUUCCUCUGUACGCCCUAAUCUGAUAUAACAGAAACCGCCGCACAACAACAUUUAGGAUUAUUAUCUACUAUAGGUAGACACCCCCCCUUUGUUUCCACUCUUUGAGCUAAGCGAGAAAAGCCAAAGUCAGGAGAAAAAUAGACAAUAGAUUUUCUUGGAAACUAAAAUAAGUUCAAAGUUGGAUGUCAGAACACUGCUAUGUGUCAGCUCACCUACGUCCUGCCUACGUCCUGCUACAGAAGCGUUGGUGUCCUGUGUGAACAGAGCGAAAUCAAUAGAAACAAUUCUCACCUCUCCCACUUCUUCCUUCUUGCUGCACUGCUUCUGAGUGUUGCCUUUCCCUUAAGGAAUCGAUUAGAACUGCCGCAGAGCUCACGCAGCGGAGUCGGAGGCUCUGAGCUGCGGCGGUGAACGUCACUGUACGCGUCCAGCUAAGUGUAUAUAUCAAGUGUGUCAGAUUUGGAUGGGUUGAUGUGGAAUUUGUUGCUUAUCACCCGAGGAGAAAACCUAGAGCUGUCGGCCACAUGUAUUUUGCCACUGCUUUCUGCUACGCUCCCCUAAGCAGUAUUUCCCAGCUCUUCCUAAGCUAUGGCCCUGAGAGCAAAUGCAGUUCUAGCCAACUGACAGAGGUCACUUAGAAGUGAACAAGUAAUUACCUUUUUAUGAAUGCAGCUUUGGUAGGGUCUGAAAUAUAUUUUGGGUGCUCAAGAUUUUCUAGGGACAUGAAGUGGUGCUGGCCUCUGAUCCUGGAUCACCUCUUGUGCUUCUAUGUUCUCACUAAACGCAGGCCAUGGAUGGAGAAACCAGCCUGGUCCAUUAUAGCCUUACCAUGCCACGCCAUAAUGGAAAGUGAGCAGAAAUCAACCAGUUAGCUCUUACUUCCCUUGAAGAGUGUAAUUCUGAUAUUCUUUCCAUCCACCACUGAAAAGUCCCAUGUAAAAAAACGCACGUGUUCUCCUAGCACAUGUGUCUUUUGGACAGGUGUUUUCUUUCCCGCUCAUUGUAAUUAAAUAUGACGUAGGUCAGUUUUUACAUUAGAAAGCCAAGUUUUAGUCAAUAAAUAGUGUUUCUAUUUUUCAGUUAUCUAAUUGGUUUACGUAGUUUGCUGGGAUUGUUUACAACUACUUACUUGGUUGUCUGACUGCUCAUGUUUCUGCCCACUGCAGAUUACAGCUUUGUGUAGCUAACGGGCUGUUGAUGUCUCCACAAGACAUAUCAUUAUAACUAAUAGGAAGGAUGGGGAACGCUAUUCAGAAAUAAGGUGAAGCUAUGGGAAUUAGUCUUGAUUGUAUGUGGAAAAUAAAAACGUAAAUUUCACAUUGGAAAUUCUAUGGAAGAUAGUCUAACAACGGACCACAUUCUUUCUUUUGGAAAAGAAUGUCAAAAAUAUAAAAAUGAUUUAUAUGUCAAAAUAAUGAGGUUUAAAUGAUUACAUUAAGUCAAAGCUAUACAAUUUAGUUUAGUAUGUAUAUUUUAGUUUUUAUUCAAUUUUUUUCAUCUCAAAAUGGUGAGACAGUGCUAUCAAAAGUAUGGCCUAGUUUCUUAGAAUUCUGAUUUUAAGUUGAAAUAAAAUUGAAAACAAAAUAAGACUCAUAAUUUUGACUUAAUAUCUGUUUUCUUCUUUUUUCUGACUCAAAUUAAAUUCUAAAGUAAUAACACAUGAAAACCAACCUGUCCAGAAUGCACUUCCUGUGUGUGGGUGAGCGUAAACUAGCCUGAUGUGAGGAUUUUGCUGCUAAAUACCAAGGGCUCCCAUUUUGGUUAUUUUGAAAACAUUUGACACAAGGUCUGACAGAAGAAGAAUGACUGUCUAUCACAAAUACAUGUACUGUAUCAUUCAGUCUGUCAACAUGAUAAGACUGUUUACUACAAUGGCUCUUGCAUUUAGGUUAUCUCCCCCCCUUUUCAAUCUCAGUCUGGUAGUCCUCAGUCUCUGGCACUUAUGCAAUGUCGGCCACUCAAUAUAUAUCUGGGUUUUAUUACUGGAGUACUGUAAGUUGAGGAUUGGAGUGUUGUGUGCAGGGCUUUAAAAUGACACCUGCCAACCCACCAAAUACGGGUAAAAAUUAACUUUUUUUGGGUUAACAUUGUAGACUUACUAGCCAAUUUGGCUGGUGAUGAAUAAAGCAAAUAACACUGCGUCUGUUUAAAUCAGCUGGCUGAAGAAAUUCUCCCAAAUUUCUUGGCAGAAAACAACAGAAAUUAUUUGUGUGUUUGCCUUGGAAACGUAAUCUUUAUCUGGCAACACUGAUCCUUGUACGAACCUUAUAUUUCCCAUAACACUUUCUCUUUGAAAAGAAGUAGUAAAGUAAGUUAGGAAAAAAACAACACGUGGCUAGUGGAAAAUCUGAUUGGCUGGUAACUUUGAAAAUCUACUAGC